GCCAUGUCGAAAGAAUCCUUACUUCUCUUUUUUCUUUUUCUCUCCAAUCUCUGUUUCCCUAAAGGUAUGUAAUCUGUCUCUUUAACGGUAGCUGGGUUUGGGGAAUAGUGCGAAAAUAAACAAGUGAGGGGCGUGGGAGGAUGAUAACAUACAGAUGCACGUCCAUUUUGGGUCAAGGUUUUCUUUGCGUUAUGGGAAGCCGUGCUGACGCAAGCAAUGGCCUUUGAGAUGUCAUUAUCGGCUUUAGAUGUUUUGGGAGAACAUCAUCUCUGAUGCUGUUUACUCAUUCCCAUUGUCAACGAUUUUGGGAAGGGGUUUUUGCAAAAGGAGAUGAUGGAAGAAGGCGUGUAGUGGUGUGGGAUACUUUUUUUUUAUCUAAAUUUUUACCCGUUGGAGUUUUUCCCUUUUCUUUUUUCGUUGCUCAACCCUUUACUCUUUUUCACUCUCAUUUUUUAGCUUUUUCUUUUUUUUUCCUCUUUCUCUCUUGCAAAUAUUUGAUUCAAAGAUGACCGAAAUUAGAAGGAAGCUUGUCAUUGUCG